GUACUUGGAAGUUCUGGUAAAACAUACACAUGUUUGGCUUCUUGUCAUUACUGUUCAUGUCCUGCAUUUGCCUUCUCAGUGCUACGGAAGAGUGACAGCAUCCUGUGCAAGCAUCUCUUGGCAGUUUACCUUAGUCAGGUUAUGAGGACUUGUCAGCAGCUAAGUGUCUCCGACAAGCAGUUGACUGACAUAUUAUUGAUGGAGAAGAAACAAGAAGCAUAAAAGGACUGCAGGAGGUGCUGUGGGUUGGAGCCGUGGGCUGUGGAGGGUUUGCGUAUGAUUAGAAGCCCUGUACAGUCUUCUCAAGAAAAACCCUGAGCCAGUCUCUGAGGUGCUUGGGUAAAAAAUGUCCCUGGAUGGAAUCAAGAUUUUAAAUUCAAAUAAAGCCUAAUAUCAUGUUGUGUCCACAUUA